AUGAACGAAGCCCUUAUAGCAUCACCCACAGCUCAAGAAAUCAAAUCAGCCCUCUUCUCAAUCAACCCGGACAAAGCCCCACGGCCAGAUGGAUUCUCUGCGAGUUUUUUCCAAUCAAACUGGUUAGUCAUGGGACCAAAGAUAAUAAAAAAGAUCAAAGAGAUUUUUGAAGCCGAAAGCAUCCCAAAUUCUGUCAAUUCAACCUAUGUGAGACUAAUCCCAAAGGUGCAUAGCCCAAAGACAGUAGCGGAGUAUCGACCUAUAGCCCUAUGCAAUGUCUACUACAAGAUUAUCUCGAAAAUCCUAACAAGCAGACUCCAACCAAUCCUACCUACCAUAAUAUCCGAGAAUCAAACGGCGUUUGUGCCCAAGAGGGCUAUCUCGGAUAAUGUCCUCAUAACCCACGAAAACCUACAUUACCUCAAAACUUCCGGAGCAACGAAGCACUGCUCCAUGACCAUCAAGACGGACAUGAGCAAAGCGUACGAUCGACUUGAAUGGGACUUCAUAGUGGCGGUGAUGGAACGGAUGAGCUUCCAUCCGAAAUGGAUUAACUGGAUUCUCCAGUGUAUCUCCACAGUCUCCUAUUCCUUCCUCAUUAAUGGAGCUGCCCAAGGACGCGUCUUACCCCAAAGAGGCAUCAGACAGGGCGAUCCCUUAUCACCGUUCAUCUUCAUCUUAUGCAAUGAAGUCUAA